UAAACCCAAUAAAAUUGUAAUUUUGAGUCAACCCAGGAAAUGAAAAAACUAAUUUAUUUGGUUGGUUGGGCCUGGGCUUGGUUAUAUGUUUAUUUGAAGGGGAUCUAGAUUCUGGAGUAGAAGGACCUGGGAGGUUGAAGAAACAGUGAUCGGAAUUAGUCGGUCACAACUGGGCGUCACCGUGGUUGGCGAUCGGCGUAUACCGGUUCUUUACUGAAGGAUAGGAUAGGAUAGGAUGUUGCCGACUUCAUCGAAAGGGCGAAUGCCCACUCGCACCAACCCCAUUUUCCCUCAGUACCUCCGUAGAAUAAUCAAGUGGCAACAAAUGGACAUUGAAUACACUUUCUGGCAAAUGCUUCAUUUAUGUACCUCCCCAAAAGUCGUCUAUCAGCACACCAAGUACCAUAAGCAAACCAAAAAUCAGUGGGCACGUGAUGAUCCUGCUUUUGUUGUAAUUUGCAUUCUUCUUUUGGCGGUUUCAGCUGUGGCAUAUUCUGCUGCGUAUGAUCAUAGCGUUGGGCAUGCUGUUUAUGUGGUUUUAUCAGUGACAAGUGUUCAUUUUCUUUUAAUGGGAGCUGUUUUGGCUACUAUUUGCUGGUUUUUGACAAAUACGUAUCUUCGGGAAGAAACCUCAAACAGUCACGUGGUUGAGCAACGGGUUGAAUGGUUAUAUGCAUUUGAUGUGCACUGCAACUCCUUUUUCCCGUUGUUUAUUGUGCUGUAUGUGAUACAUUUUUUCAUAUCACCUCUUCUGGUGGCACACGGUUUUGUUCCCCUUCUGCUGUCGAAUCUGAUUUUUAUGGCUGCCGUAUCGUAUUAUCACUACCUCAACUUUUUGGGUUAUGAAGUGCUUCCAUUUUUAGAGAAGACUGCUUUCUUCUUAUACCCAAUCGGCAUUGUGAUCAUAUUUACGCCCAUUUUGAUCUUAAGUGGGUUUAAUCCUUCAAGAUACUUGAUGAACAUUUACUUUAGUCAGUAGUGGUGAUUUGAAGUUUGAAGAAAAGAUGGUAUGAAUACUAGAAAAUGAAUAGUAGUGUUGAUUGCUUAUUGUACACAGAAAGAAAGGAAAGCUAGGAUGUGUAAAUGCACCUAAUGUCAUUUGGACUUAAUGUCUUUUCACACAGCCCCACAUUUGAGGAAGAAAUCUGGUUUUGAUGCGACAUAUUUUUGUCUGUUACAACUCUUAGUUUUUAGUUAGUUAGUUUGUUUGUUGUGUUUUUGAGUAUUCUAUUCUAAUGUGUUAAAAUUAAAAUCA